ACUUACCGAACAAUUAGACAGACAGACUGACAAUUAAAACCACUGAGUAGGUAGCAUAUAAGUAUAAAGUACUUGGCAUCAUUUUUUCAGUGUCAGUCUCUGGAUAUUCUUUGCACAAUUCAUAGGCAACUAAGAUGUGUGGGCAAAAGGAAGUUUUGCUCAUGGCGUUCAUAUGCCUGAGUUUAGGCAAACUUGUGGACUCCUCACAGCAAGUGUUGACUGACAUGUCAACCAACUUUGGAAAGGCGUUGGACGUCUGUAAGAAGGAGCUAGACCUGCCGGACUCCAUCAUCGGUGACUUCAUGAACUUCUGGAAGGAGGACUACGAGAUCACGAACCGCCACACGGGCUGCGCCAUCAUGUGUUUAUCCCAAAAGCUGGAGAUCGUGGACCCUGACCUUCAGCUGCACCAUGGGAACGCGAAGGACUUUGCUAUGAAACAUGGGGCAGAUGAGCAACUAGCCAUGGACCUGGUGACCGUGAUCCACGAGUGUGAGAAGAGUCUCCAGCCCAAUGAUGACCAGUGCAUGAAGGUGCUCGAGUGGGCCAAGUGCUUCAAGGUGGAGAUCCACAAGAAAGGCAUGGCUCCGUCCAUGGACGUCGCUGUGGGAGAAGUGCUGGCUGAAGUAUAAGGGAUUUUUUAAAGCAGGUCUCCAAACUUUUUUACGCCAUAUUGCGCCUCCGAACUUUCGCGCGGGCCACUGUCGGCCCCAGGGGGGGGAAUGUAUAAUCUGAUUGCUGCUGUUAGAGCUGAAUCCCUGGAGCCUGGCUCCCGCGGGCCGGAUUGGAACGCUGUCGGCGGGCCGGAUUAAAACGCUUCGCGGGCCGGAUUUGGCCCACGGGCCGGGGUUUGGAGAGCCCUGUUUUAGAGUAACAAUUGGUACCUAAUUUAAAUGAAUAUGCUACUGAUUUGAUAUUAAUUGCAGUGUACCUACGUCAUUCGCACAAACAUAAGAUAGGUACCUACAUAUGUAUAAAAGGCCAGUUUACACAUUGAUUAGAGUUAGAUUGACAUGCAAUUUGUAAUGUAAUCUGUAUUAUGAAAUAAAUUAAUCUGAAAUCUGAAAA